UCAACAACAAAAUCCGUCGUACCUAGCAGCAGCUGUUGAUCAGUCAUAUCAGAUCAGAUUUUUGGGAAAUCUUGUUUGGAUUUAUUUUCCUUGAAUACAGUAAAAUGGGGUUGUGUUCGUCGUGCUUUAAAGGGUCUACCGAAGAACUGCUAACUCCAGAUGCGGAAGUAAGGCGACAACAACAACGAGAAGCCGCAGAACGACGAAGGAUUGAACAGGAAUCUCGAGGAAUCAAAGAUUUGGACAAACUGCGCCGGCAACAGCAGCGAGCUGCGGAACAAGAACGACGGGAACAGGAAGCUAGCAGAAUGGGUGGCCAGCCGACGCUCAAGUGGCAGCAAGAUUAGCGGUGCAGGAUUUUCUGACGGAGGCAAAAAUCUUUUUUAUGUAUUCCUCGGACUUAUGUAUUGUUAACUUGUGUGUAUGAAAGGUGUUUAUUUAUGUUUGAUAAAAAUCAAAAUAAAUCCAAAUCAUGGAAUCAAAAGUAUAUAAUUAAAUUGAAAGUCAGCUAUUGA